AUGUCUCCCAAAAAUAAGAACUGGUCAGGAGAAGAAGAAGAGAAAUUAGCACAAGCUUGGUUGACGGUUUCGGAAGAAGACGUUGGUGAAACUUACGUUCGAAAUGUUGAUAAAAUAUGCUUGAAGUGGCACGAUAUGAGGGUCAGGUGUUCUGAGUUCAAUGGAAUUUACAACUUUGUUAUAAACAACGUUCAUGAAGCCGAAAUCGAUCCGGUUAAUAUGGCCAUGGAGCAAUAUGAAAACACAAAUCAACAACGUUUUAGACAUGUCAAAGCUUGGCAAAAAUUGAAGAAUUCCCCAAAAUGGAAUAAUCUUGCAAAAAAACACAAAUUAGAAGUUUGGUAUCCCAUGUUAGUGGUAGGAGAAUAUGGUGCUGAUGUGGCACCCACCACAUAUAUGAAGACAAGAGAUGUCAAUCGAUCUUUCAGAAUUCUAAACAAUCAAGUGAUCGCCCCUAUUGGUCUCUCUUUCUCUUUACUCAGAUCACUCACACAAACCGCAUUGUCUUCUUCUUUCUCUGUUUCUCUCUCCAAUCCAUCAAUGGAUGUAGCUGUGAUCGAUUGGAAAGAUUCGAAGUUCGAAAAGGACAUACUUUAUGAAGACAUUAACGCUCCACAAUGGAUUGAUUUCUCCAAUCAUGAUCCUCCUGUUGAUGAUGAAGCUUGGUUCUGCCGCCCUGAUUGUGAUCAUCCAAAGACGGUGGAAGAUUUCUUCAGGCAAAGAACCCCCAAUUCCGCAAAGCUUCCUAGAUCGGUUAGCGUUUCAGAGAUCCCUGAAUUUAGUGAUCGAAAUCGCAGAGAUGCAGCAUUGAAGAAGAGGGGUUUCCCAUUGAACAAAGACUCAAAAACUACAAAAUGCAUUCAAGAUAGUGAGAAUCAGAACCCCAAUUUCUCAACCCCUCCUAUUCACAAACCCAAAUCCAUAAAAGAAAUGAUCAAAUCAAGCUCAGAGAAGAUCAAUGUCGAUAACGAUUUCUUACUAAAAGAAGAACCCCAACCCCCAAGGCUUCUGAAACACACAUUGUCUGCUCGAAAUCUAUUUGCUGGAAGAGAUAUAUUGAAUCAGGUCACUGAGUUUUGCAACGAGUUGAAGCGAUUGGCAACAAGAACAAAAGAUAAUGGUGAAAAAGAGAUUGUAAAUAAGAGUGUGGUGCCUUCAAAGAAACAGGAAAUGGGAGUUUUGCAGGAAAGUAAAAGUGAAAGGAAGCCAUUGUUAGAGAAUCCUGAAGAAAUGGAGCAUAAGAAUGUCAAGGAGAAGCUCACAAGGAAAAAGAUGAAUGGUGAUUUAGAGAACACCCCGAUUGCAUUAAAUAUGAAAACCAUAAGAGGCAAAGAUGAGGAAAGACUGUUGCAGAUUCGAACAAAUCCUCCAUCGCCGCAAUGCUUUUCUGCUAACCGUGGGACCCCCAAACCCACCCCACCCCCUAAGGCAUCACGUCUGAGAACUAAGGAGAGAGGGAUACUAGAAGAAAUCAGUAUAAAGGAGGUGAAGAAGGAAGUCAAAGUCAAUACAAAUCAAGCUGCUCCUCUUUUAACACAGAAUGAAGCAAAAGGGUUGGAUGUUUUCUGGUUGUUUAAACCCUGCACACUUUCUGGCUAAAUUUUAUUUUAUUUUUUAUAAAAAAAAAUAAUAAUAUGAGUUCCUCUUUUCAUUAUGUUUCCA